UGAAAUGUUAUGUUAAGAGUGAAACAAGUUUAGUUAGUCUUAAGCUAUAGUAAGUGUAAGGUUUAAGCAACAUUGUUCAUUGUAAUGUUAUGUGAAUCAACAAACUGUUUAAAUGGUUCAACAAAUUCAAUUGUAAAUCAGUGUUAAUUAACGGUCAACACUAAUUAUUGGAUUACAAAGUGAAUCAAAAGUGUUUACCUAAUGAACAGGUCAACACGUUAACGUCACCCAUUUCUGGUAUCACUUGAAUGUUAACCUCAAGCCGAUGAAUCAACACUGGAUUUGAUAACUGAUUAAACAUUGUGUAUUGUGUGCAUGUUUGACCAAGUUUACCUGUCGCCUUUACUGCGCCCUCCACACUUUGAAUUUUGUCUCAAUCAAAGCCAAUUGUCGGUUAAUCUCUUGCAUCAUUGAAUGGAUGGGUUUGAUCCAUUCAUACACCAAUUCAAUUCCAAUGGAGUAUGUGAUAAAUUUAUUUAUAUUAACCAAUAUUUUUAUUUCGUUAACAUCCAAAGUGAACUCAAUGGACAUACUCAAUCCAAAUGAAUCCAAUGUGCGGAAUAAAUAUUCAGAUUCACCUCAUAAUCGUUCAAUAGUUUCAUCAACAAAUCAAUAUCAUUCACAGCAACAAUAUUUUCGCGUUCGACCUCGUUCCAAUGUAGAAGUAAUCGAAGGUUCAUCAAUUGUACUUCAAUGUUCAGUUGGUAAUCAAGCUGGUCCAGUUCAAUGGGCUAAAGAUGGUUUCGUAUUAGGUUUCGAUAGAUCAAUUCCAGGUUACCCUCGAUAUCGAAUGGAUGGUAAUCCAAGUGAAGGUGUACAUAAUUUAAAGAUUGAACGAGCUUCAAUUGAUGAUGACGGUGAAUAUCAAUGUCAGGUUGGCCCAGCCACCAAUAAUAAAGCAAUCAGAGCCAAUAGCAGGCUAACAGUUUUACUUAAACCAAAAAAGAUUGAAAUUAAUGGGCACACCAAUGGUUCGGCUGUUGAGAUCAGGGAAGGUGAAAAGGUUACCCUUACCUGUCUAGUUUAUGGAGGCAAACCUGCUGCUAAGAUUAAAUGGUUUCGCAAAGAUAUUGAGCUUAAAACGGAUAACCUUCCAAAUCAAAGUGUCUUAACUGUAACAUCAUCUUUAAAUGAAGGAAGCUCAAGUGAUCAAAUUACUGCAACCAAAUCUCAGUUGUUGCUCAAUUUACACUCGGAAGAUAAUGGUGUUACAUAUUCUUGUUCAGCUUCACAUCCAGCCUUAUCCAAUCCCUUACGUUCAACCGUCUCCAUGUCAGUACUCUAUCCACCCGGUCCACCCGAAAUUUUGGGCUAUUCUACAGGUAAAGCUGUUCGCAGUGGCGAUACAUUAAAGUUACGCUGUCGAUCAAGAGGUGGCAAUCCACUGGCUCAACUGGUUUGGUAUAAAGAUGAUGAACAAGUAGACUUUUCAUUCGACUCUUAUGCCGGUCGAGAGUCUGUCAAUGAAUACAUAUUUACCGUAAAACCAGAGCACAACAAUGCCAAGUUGACCUGUGAAUCAAAAACUCCAAUAAACCCAACUCCAAUGACUACCUCAGUAACCCUAUCCGUUCAAUUUGCUCCUUCCAAGGUUACAAUUGUGGGUCCAGAUGAGGCCAAAGCUGGUGAUAAUGUUACAAUGAUUUGUAAAACUGAUGCAUCCAAUCCGCCCUCUGAGUUAAGCUGGUCAAUAGAUGGACGAACAAUUAGAACUGAAAAUAUUUAUAAAUCUCACUCCAAAGGAGGUUAUAUAACAACAACCAACAUAACUUUACCAAUAUUAUCAACAGAACGAAGUAUGAAAACCUUUUCAUGUUUUGCUGUUAAUCAAGCUCUUGAUAAAACAGUGCCAGCAUCACACGCCUUGAGUAUUUUAUAUGCACCUUUUAACCCUUCAAUUGUUGGUUACGACGAGUCUCAAUCUCUUCACUCGGGCACAGUUAAACGGUUCACUUGUGAAUCUCAAGGAGGUAACCCAUUAGCUGACCUUAAAUGGUUCAAGGGUAAAGAAGAGAUUACCUCAGGUUGGACGGUAACAUCAACAGUAAACGGAGUUUCAUCCGAGUUGACAUUAGUUGUAACCGAUUCAGACAAUGGUGCGAUAUACCGUUGUGAAGCGUCAAAUGCCGCUUCAAAAGAACCUCUUGAAGCUUCCGUUAAAUUGAAGGUUUACUUUGCUCCAUCCAAAGUAAAAAUAAAAUCACGACCUGCUCGACCAAAGGCAGGCAAUAAAGUUGACCUGAUAUGUGAAACUGAAUCCUCUAAUCCGGCUUCUGAGGUGGUCUGGUGGAGAAACGGUCAACUGUUGCCCGGUCAUGUUAAUAGUACAAUUGAUUCGUCGUUUGGCGGUAAAUCGACCAAAAAUGUUCUCAAAAUGAAUGUAACCUCAUCCGAUGAUGGAUCCAUUUUCACUUGUCAAGCAAUAAACAAACUAUUAGAUCAAAGUGUUCACGACGCUUUAACCUUAAACGUCCUCUUUAAACCUGAAUUUAUCUCAUCUGAACCAUUGGCUUCCUUUGAGCUGGUUGAAGGUAGUGAAGCUUCCAUCAACCUAACAGCUCGAGGUAACCCGUCCAACAUUAAAUACAAAUGGCAUCGAAUCAAUGGUAAUGGUGAACUCGAUGCAACUCGAUUUUACACUGAUGGACCAAUUCUCAAUAUAACGUCCGUUCUAAGACAAGACUCGGGUUCGUACUUGAUUGAAGCCUCCAACUCUCAAGGAACCACCAAAUUGCCUUUUAAAUUGAAUAUCAAAUAUGCUGCAACAAUCACCAAAACAAGUGACCUUGUGCUCGUCGAGAUGGGCAAAACGGCUUACCUUGAGUGUACAGUCGAUGCCAAUCCCAUAACCGCUGACUUGAUUAAAUGGCAACGAAAACCAAAUUACAUUGAAAACUCGAUGGAUGAUAGCCUUGAAUCGACCUUUUCUUCGUCCACUUUGCCCAAUGAAUUUAUUUCCAUGGAUGAGGAAAGGUUCAAAAUUACUUUAGAAGAAAAUAGAUCUUUUCUUAGCGUUUUCAACAUAACAGAAUCAGAUUCAGGAGCUUAUGAGUGCCUUGCUUCAAAUGGUAUCGGAUCACCUGAUAAAGCAACCACCAAUUUGGUUGUCAAACAUAAACCUCGAAUUAUUAAUUCGCCCAUUUUAUCAAAAUCUGCAAGUGAUAAUGGCUCUAAGGGUAAGCUGAUUUGUCGAGCUCAAGGAGCACCCAACAUUACGUUCCAAUGGCUACGUGAAGGGGCCAUCAUCUCGGACAAACCAGGCAACACUAAGUAUAACACUGAACCAGCGGAACAAUUGAACCUGAUUACCUACCAAAGUGUCUUGAUAAUCAAUGAAGUAGCCAACUCUGAUUACGGUCCAUACGAUUGUGUAGCCAGUAAUGAGCUUGGCAUCAACAGGCUUACAGUCCACUUUAAUCAUACCUCACAGCCUGAUCCACCCUUGGUAUUGAAAGUUGUCAACCGAACCUCAUCAAGUGUAACAUUGAAAUGGAUUCCUGGGUUUGACGGUGGCUUGCCUCAGUCUUUUCGCAUUCGAUACCAAAAAGUUGAUGCUACAGGGUCAACCACUUUACCAUCGCCUAACCCAACUUCAUCAGCCUCUUUACCCAACACUCAGUCUACUCCAGAUGCGUCAAGUUCAAUCUCAACUGAACCUGCUCAAUACUCGGAUGUUUAUCCUUCCAAUACAACCAUCUACACUAUCAAGGGAUUAACAGACAAUACUGAAUAUUCAUUUAAUGUGAUGGCUUACAAUGACUUAGGAGAAAGUAAAUAUACUCAUGACAUUGUCAAAGGAAAAACUCUUCAAGAAACACCAAUCUCUGAAACUGAGAGAAUCUCUCAAGUAUUCUCAGGUCGUUCAGGUGACGUUCCAAGAUUAAUCAUUAUCGCAGUUUCCAUUCUUGGAAGUUCACUUUUACUUCUCAAUGUUGUUCUGGUUGUUUGCUUUGUCCGUAAACGAAGGAAGAAGCGACUCGAAGAAGAAGCUGAUGGUUCCAGCACAAACAAGCCAACAACCAUUGAAAUGUAUGCACCAGCUUCCGGUUCAGGUGGAAGCUAUACUAAUGGACCAAAUGAAACUUCCUUAUCUGGUUCUGAUGAGGAGAAGCACAGUGAAGGUGCUUACUCGGGUCACACCGAUUAUGAUAUGGAGAUGAAUCCGGGUGACACAUUAAAUGGAAACCAGCAAAACAUUCAUCCUAAUAUCCAUUCUUACAUGCAUGGAAACAUUCAUCAAAGUCUGUCCACUUAUCUGAUUGAUGAUACCCUGGAUCAUGUAACCAGCUACUAUCAACCCAUGUUUGGCCAAGAAAAUAAAUGCAUCAACAUACCUCCAGUGCCUCCAUUAAGAAGCAUCAAUCUGGCUUCAUUUUUACCAAUGAUUAACGAGGAACCAUUAUUCAUCAACAGCUCACCGCUUGGUCAUCUAGUUUAAUACUCAUUAAUUUAUAAUAAUGAUAAUUGUUAUAACUUUUACUCUUGCCUUUCUCACCCUCUUGUAAUUGAUAUAAAUAUGGUCAAAUUGAUAUUGAGAAGGAAGAGAAGGAAAACCGUUAUCCAAAAGAGAAUUUUUAACAAGAACGAAAACGCAAAAAAUCGAAAAAUUUUAUCCCUUUUAUGCUCUCUUUCAUCAUCCAAAGUCUCUUCUCUUUACAUGUAAAAAUUGACAACAUUUUUCAAAAGUUCUUGUCACUGCAUUAAGAUCCGUCCAACGUUUUGUUUUGACCCUCAAUCCCUUCAAGUCGACGAGUUGCUUGAAUGCAGCAAGAUUCAUCCCUUUUUUCAACUGACCAAUGGUGAAGAGAAUUUUUGGUCAUCAUUCUUUUUUCUACCUUUUCUUCUCUUCACGGACACUUACAGGACGCACUUCAAGAUGACAUGAGUGUUUGGUUGGUGUGAAUAAACAAAUAUUUGGCUUCUUUCUUUUUUCUUCAUUUUUCUUCAAAAAGUGCCUCACAUUUCAUCGCCAUUUCAUUCAUGCUCAUUCUUCUCUGUCUGCCUUAAUCAUUUAAAUGCUGUCCAAAUAACGCAAAUGCUGCUGCCCUUGAUUUUUGUUCACCUCAAGGCACCUCUUUGUGUGGUCAAAUCAUGAUACAUUUCACCACAUUUAUCAUCAUUUUUAAAUGUCUCUUUUUUUGUCUGAUCUCAUCAAACAAGUGAAUUCACUUUUUUGUUUUUUAUCUGCAAUUCUGUUUCAAACAACAGAUGACUCUAUUUACGAAUAAAUUUUACGCUUUCAGGUCGA